UUCUGUAAAGAAAUUCCUAAAAUAAAAAAGUAUUAGCGUGUUGGAAAAGACAUGAAUCAUUUAUUGUUGUUUACCUCGACUAUAUAAAAGCACCUUAACUAAACCAAAUGCAGUCAGACGCUUUGUAACGCUUCGAAAUGAAUCAAGUUGUGUUACUUUUGUUGGUAACAUCAGUUGUUACGACGACGUUAUGUGCGCACAUACCUGUCAAAGGUGGUGGCCGGCUUCAGGCUAAGGACAUUAAAAAUGAAGAUACCACGCAAAAUAAGUCUGGUUUAGGCAGUUUCGAAUCGAGAUUAAAAGACCAAGAAACCACGCGUUCAGAAGAACGGGCCCAUCGAGAUGCUACCAUUAGCGCUGAGGGUAAAAGCGAGCGCGAAGUUAAAGAAGAGAGCCAGCUCUCCACCAACACCCACGAGGAAAAUCAUCAUUCGAAAACUUUAAACGGCGAAAAACAGGUAUACAAGAAAACAACUGAGAAUCAAACUCAAAAUAAAGUAUCGGUACGCGAGCAGACAUCUAGCGAAGGAGACGCCAGCUUAACAUCCCCUAAACAAAUUGCACUGGAGGAUGACCGCAAGGUUCAUUCCACCGAAGGUGUGCACACGCAUACAAUUUUAGACGAUAAAAUUAAUGAUAAAAAAGUUAAUCUGGAAGAAACGAGGCACGUGGUCCACGACUCCCAAGCCCACCACUCCUACCCCGACAAGAUCCACCACAACGAGCAGAAAACCGUCAUCAUGCAAGAUGUAAUCGAUCACGAACAAAAUUCCCAGCGUCAUCAUCAACUAAACAUAAAUGUCCACGGAAGCGGUAACCAACAAGGGAACCAGAAGAGCGACGUCCCCCUAAUCCCAUCAUUUGGUGAUAACUUUGAAGAUGCUCCAGUCGUACCUUUGUUGCCCAAACAGGAAGGCGCGUUGAAAAUUGAUAAUGUUGGCGAAGAAAAGUUGGACGGAAGUGCGUUCGAAGGUACCACUGGCCAGUUGGGCGAUGAUAAGGUCGCAAAGAGCGAAGGAAAACACCACGAUUUACCAAAGCACCAUGCACACCAUGAACGCCAUUGGGAUCACGACUAUGACUAUGACAGACAUCCAAUUGAUCACCAUCACCACCACGAAGGGCCAAUUCAUAAGCACGUUCCUACACCCGCUCCGAAAAUCGAAGAGAAAAAGGAAGUAAUUAAAACUGACGACACUCGUGUAAUUCAAGAGGAAUCUGGCAAAAAGGACGAAACUGUUUUACAAGUAGAAACUAAUACCGGAAGCGCGAAAAGAGAGGAAGAACAAAAAGAAGUAAAAGUAGAGGUUGCUAAUGUGGAAAAAGAGGAAAAGUCGACGGAAGGAAGUUCCGUAAUUUCGAAGGAUGUCACAACGCACCACGUUCACGAGCACCAUCCCCACCACGGACACGAUUGCCACGAAGAGAAACAUGACCAUCACCACGGACCCACCACGACAAAACCAAUCACCGUUAAAGACGAAGAGGGGGCUAAAAUUGAUGUUACCGAUGUAAGAAUAGACAGCGGUUCGGAUCUGUCGUCCUUUGAUUCUAAAAGAGAAGAGGAAACAAAGGUUGUAACAGCAGAAGAUAAAUCGUCGGCUGGAAGUACAGGAGUCGCGGCGGAGCUCCCCAAAAAACCCGUUCAUCACCCGGUGAAAGGUGGACAUCCUCACCACCACUGGCACCAUCACGAGCACGACUACGAUGACGAUGACGACAGUCAUGAAUACCACCAUCACGAAAAGUUUCACCAUCGACCCUCCUACGAUCACCACGACGGCCACCAUCACGAUUACAGUCACGGAUCUCCGUAUCACGGUUAUUGGACUGACUAUUAGAUGUAAGAAAAACUCGAACUGUUAGCAUAUUACUCGCCUAGUAAAUUAAUCAAUAGCUUUUUAUCCUA